AGAAGUGAUUUUGCGGUAAUGAAAAACAAUUAAGGCUGGUUGUUAGCUAUUAUUAUCUUUUCUAAAGAAAACAAACUUUCACGCGGAAGGCGUAAAUUUUUACUACGUUCUACUAAUUACUUGUGAUAAUUCUUCCGUACUAAGCUGCUAUAAAUUCAGAAUCUAGACAUCUUUGGCAAAGUAGUGCGGAGAGAUAUUAAAUUAAAAAUUUUAAAAACAAUGGCGGCUUUGAUAGUUCAAACAUCAGCAAGCGAAGUAAAAGUAAACGAAGAAGCGGUGGAAACAGUAAAUCCCACGAAAGUUGAAACAGUUAGUUCUACAAAAGCAACAAAUCCAUCGAAAAAAAAUUUCAGAAACUUGCGUAUCGAGGUUCCAAAAGUACCGAUUAGGGAAUUAAAUAGCUUAUCAGUGGGCUCAGCCAACUAUUACUCGACUGAUAUCCAAGUAGAAGUAAAAGAUGUUCCCGGAAAUUCGCCAACGACGGUAAAAAAUGUAGACGACGAGGGAACAUACGGAACUCAUUACCCAAACAGGAUUUUCGUUGGCCAUCUUCCAGGAAAAGCAAGUGCUGGAGACUUAGCGAAUUUUUUUUGUUCGUACGGAACUGUUUUAGAGGGGAAAAUUGUAUUGGAUUCAUUCGGAAGGUCUAGAAGGUUUGGUUUCGUGACUUUUGCUUCUCAUGAUGACGUCGAGAAUGUUUUAUCUAAAAACGAUCUUUAUCUAAAGGGAAAAAAAAUUAACAUUGGACCAGCUGUUAAAAAAAUGUUUGCUGCUGAGUUCUCGCCCCCUUACGCUUCAUUAGAAUCUUCUGACUCCGAUACUCCUUCGCCUUCUGAAGAAUGUUUAAGUGACGAAAAAAUAAUUACAGUUCCUCCUGUGAAUGAGAAAAUAGAUGCCAGCGGUUCUCCGGCUCCACGUUUAAGUAACGUUUGGCAAAAAGUAAACGUUAAACGAAAAACAUCGGCUAAAACUCUCACCCCGUGUACUCCGUGUUCACCUGCCGUUGCCUUUACUCAACCAUAUAUUCACCCACAACAGUAUAUAUCUCCUCAAUCAACUACAUUUAAUUACCAACAGCCCAUGAUAUAUCCUAUUUAUACAAUACCGUAUGAACAAGUUUUUAACUAUCCGGUCUAUCAUUACGCUAAUGGAGAAGCAAACUCAUUUGCCAUGGGGCAAAACAUUAUUCAGUCUCCGCAACACAUUCACGGAGCUCCAAUAUAUGCUCCACAAAUUGUUCCACAACAUCAUGUGAUGGCUUAUCAAGUUCCUAACGGAACAAUGUAUUUCACAAACAGAGGUCCCGUUGGUGUGGUGUAACACAACUUUAAAAAAUGACCCUUUUCAAUAAUUCCAUUUAAAGACAUUUCCUUUAUUUUCUGAAGGAAUCAUGAAGAUUUUAAUAUUUUAUGUUGUAUUUUAAUUUUUAACAGUUCUGACGAACUUUUUUAUAAAGCUUAUAUUUUUAUAAAUUGGUUCUGGAGUUAAGUUCGUAAGUAAAAUGGAAUGUUGUUUUCUACCUAACGUUUUACUAUAUGCAUUAUUACUUAAUACUUCGGAUAUUUUAUUUUAUCAGUUUGGUUUGGGUAAGUAUAAAGCUAACGAAGGAAAACAAAUAUAUUU